AAAAGAAAAAAAAAAGAAAAAGGAAAAUAGGAAAAAGUAGAAGAGAGGAGAAGAGAGGAGAAGAGGAGAACGAAAACUACUUGGGUCGCAAUCGACAACCUCUUCUCCUCUCUACGCCCUCCACCUCCUCCUCCUCCUCUUCCUCCUCCUCUUCCUCCUCUCGCGAGCUGAAAACCCUAGGGAUCUCGGUCGAGAUCCAUUCCCCCUCUUCGAUCUCGUUCGGAGUGUUUUGAGCUUGUUCUCGGCUAGGGAGGAGAUCCGAUCCCUUGCUUUUGAGAGCGAUCGGGGGUCGCUAGGGUUUGGAGCUAGCUGUGAUCGGCGGCGCCGGUGGCGGCGCCGGCGGAUGGCGCUUUUUAGGCGGCUGUUCUACCGGAAGCCGCCAGAUCGGCUGCUGGAGAUAUCCGAGCGGGUCUACGUAUUCGAUUGUUGCUUUUCGACCGAAAUUCUCGGAGAAGAUGAAUACAGGGACUACUUGGGUGGCAUUGUGGCCCAAUUGCAGGACUUCUUCCCAGAUGCUUCCUUUAUGGUGUUUAAUUUCAGGGAAGGGGAUAAGAGGAGCCGUAUUUCCGAUAUCUUAUCAGAGUAUGACAUGACUGUCAUGGACUACCCACAACAAUAUGAAGGUUGUCCUCUCCUCCCUUUAGAGAUGAUUCACCAUUUCCUAAGAUCAAGUGAGAGUUGGUUAUCAUUAGAGGGGCAACAUAAUGUGUUGUUAAUGCACUGUGAAAGAGGGGGAUGGCCCGUGCUUGCGUUCAUGCUUGCUGGCCUUCUUCUCUUCCGGAAGCAGUACUCAUGGGAGCAGAAGACUCUUGAGAUGGUGUAUAAGCAAGCACCAAAGGAGCUUCUCCAACAUUUAUCUUUGUUAAAUCCGCAGCCUUCUCAUUUGAGAUACCUACAUUACAUAUCCCAACGAGGCAGUGGGUCAGAAUGGCCUCCUCGUGAUACGCCCUUUGCAUUGGAAUGUAUGUUUCUAACCAUCGUCCCAAAUUUUGACGGCGAAGGCGGUUGUAGGGCGAUGGUUCGUGUACAUGGUCAAGAUCCCUUGACCCCUGCAAAUAGAAGUUCGAAGAUUCUUUUCGAGACACCGAGGACCAGAAGACAGAUUCGACACUAUAGACAGUCAGAAAGUGGACGUAUAAAAAUUAGUGCCCGGUGCCGCGUUCAAGGGGAUGUGGUCGUUGAGUGCGUCCAUAUGGCUGAAGAUCUAGAAAGGGAGGAAGUAAUGUUCAGGGUCAUGUUCAACACUGCCUUUGUUCAAUCUAACAUUCUCACGAUGAAUCGUGAUGAGAUUGAUGUUGCAUGGAAUGCAAAGGACCAGUUUCCGAAGGAUUUCAAAGUUGAGGUACUCUUUUCAGACUUUGAUUCUUUUGAAUCUGAUGCUGCCACUGAAGAAUUAGCUGAUGAUGGGGAUGACACAGAGGUUGCUUCCAUAGAUACGGCUGAUGAAUUUUACGAGGCAGAAGAGAUUUUUGGUAGUUCAGAUGAAGGGAAUUCCAAACCAGACAUCAAUGUGGCUGGUGAGGCUAGGAACAGGUUAGAAACUGCCAGUUCAGAAGAGGAUUUGAAGAUCAUGAAUCGAAACUCAAGUCCUACAGGUGAGAUGAGAUUGGAAGAAAGCUCUGUAAAUGACGUGGCAAUUGUUUCUGAAAAGUUGAUUAUAUUGGAUCAGACAAAUGAAGUUCAGGACAAAAUUAUGUUAGAAAGGGGCGUCACAAAACUGGAUAUGAAUGGUCAAAAAGAAACUGCGGUGCAUGAUAUUGAAGUUAUUGCUACUCCAGUGGGUGGAGAGAAAAGUGAAUUACAGUUUGAUAGCCGUAAAGAGGAUACAAAAGGAAUCAUCACGCAAACAUUAAUUGCUUUGGCCGAUCCAAAUCACAAGCUAGAAGCUCCUGACGAAGCUGAUGCUCCCAGUGGCAGAUCUGGAUAUGGCGAUUCUAAUUACAAUGCAUUAAAAAAUGUUCCUAGAAAGAGUUCUAGUCGAGAUGACAAAUCUGUCAACUUCCAGAAAAGUUUAGAUGAAGAGCCUCCAAAAUCUAAACAUGUGGAAAAUGGCUCUUAUAAUGGUAAACAGGAACCUCAUCUUGAGAGUAGUAAAUCAGGUCUUGGUGAGGCCAAUGUUGAUAACAAGAUAUUUACUGGAAAAGAAGUUAUUAUGCAUCAUGUAGAAACUUAUGAGGAGAAGAAUAUAGUAGAGGACAGUGACUUAAAGCAGGAAGUAAAGGGUGUUGUUAGUGAACAGAAGAGUACUCCUGAGACCUGCAAAAUUCAGCACGAUGCAGAUAAUAUCAGCGCUGAGGAUAAUGUCUUGUUGGAUGACAAGAUUCACAAAUCAGAAAUUACAACUAUAGGUAAUGAAGUUAAGAGCAGAUCAGAACGACUUAACUGGAAAGUUAACUCUGAUAAUAUUGUUAACAAGAGCAGAUCUGAUUUGGAUGAUAGAAAUCACAGAUCUGGAGCCUCUGAGAUGGUCAAUGGGAUGAAAUACAAUCAACAAGCACAUGUUGGCAAAAGGGAUGUUGAAAAGGGUGCUCAAAAUAAGGCAGAGGCUGUGAUUCCCAAUCAGAAGAUUGGAAAAGAUAUGCGAAAACAGGCGCCUGAGAAAUCUGUGUCACCCACAUCAAAGAAAUCAUCAACAUACAACCCACCUGACCCCGUAAUAUCAAAACAAAAUAUUAGACAGCAGGAAUAUCUGGAAGAUCACACAAAACCAGCAAUACCAAGGACGAUACCACGAUGGAUCUCACCUAAAAAAGUUUCUGAUGCUAUUUCUGUGCACAGACCAUCUCAUCCUCCAUCGAGAUAUAAUAGCUCUCCAGCUGCCCUGGCUAUUUCAUCCAAUUCUGUAGAUAAUCAAGCUGGUGAAUCAACGGAGCCUUUGACAUCACCUACAGAACCCACUGCCGGUUCCCUGAGACCAGCAGUGCCAUCUAAUCCACCAUCUAGUAUGCCUUCAGCUCAAAAAUUAUCUUCUCGGUUUCUAGCUCCGCCUUCUCCUCCUCAACCACCACCACCACCACCACCACCACCACCACCUUCAUUUGGGAAGUCGGUCACUUCCUUUUCCACUGGUGCCAUACCGGUGCCUCCACCUCCACCUCCACCUCCUCCAUUCUCACGGACAGAAGUAGCACCCCGAGCUCCACCCCCUCCUCCCCCUGCCCUUCCCCCUCCCCUCCCCUCCGCCUUCACACAGUUUAAAUGUCUAAAUAUUCCACCACCUCACCUUUGCCUUCUUCACAUAGUUCGUCAAUCUCUAAUAUUCCACCACCUCUGCCUUUCCUGCAUCUUCAUGCAAGCCUAUACUCCCCCCUUGCCCUCUCCUCCCACCCCCACUCCACUCCACUUCGCGCCUAUGCUCCCAAACUCAUCAACGAAAGGUCCAUCCCCACCCCCGCCACCACCUCCUCCACCAAUGCAUAUUGGAGCAUUGAAUAAAAGCACUGCUCCUGCUCCUCCUUACUUUGUAUCUACAACAGUGGGAGCAUCCACCAAAGGGCCCCUCCAACCACCACCUCCACCUCCACCUCCACCUCCACCUCCACCACCCCCACGUAACAGAAAUUCACUUCCUAGCGCUCCUCCCCUUCCUCCUCUACCAAGUCAAGGAGGUAAUUAUGGUCCUUCUCCUCCUCCCCCACCUCCUCCUUUACCAAGUCAAGGAGGUAAACAAGGCCCCCCUCCUCCCCCACCACCUCCUCCCAGGUCAAAUGCUAGUGCCUUAGUUCCUCCGCCUCCCCCUCCACCUCUCCCGACUCAUUCAAAAUCAGGUCCUCCAAUAGCACCACCGCCGCCGCCACUACCGCCGAUGUCUUCAUUGAAUGCAUCAAAGCUUGUUGGCCCUUCCCCUCCGCCCCCACCUCCUCCACCGCGUGGAGCUCCACCUCCACCACCUCUCCCUGGAGCACGUGGUGGUGCACCCCCUCCACCGCCUCCUCCCGGAGCACGUGGUGGUGCACCCCCUCCACCACCUACCCCUGGGGCACGCAGUGGUGCACCGCCUCCACUGCCUCCCCUUGGAGCAGGUGGUAGUGCACCACCUCCACCGCCUCCCCCUGGUGCGCGUGUUGGUACACCGCCUCCACCACCUCCUCCAGGACCACGUGCACCUAGGCCCCCAGCCCCUCCUAGGGCACCAGGUGCUCCUCCGCCACCUCCAGCCAAUGCUCAUGGUUCACAAGGUGACUCUAGAGGUUUGCCGCCAACUGGGGGAAGAGGGCGUGGGCUUGUUCGUCCUGCAGGAUCAGGUCUGUCAUAUUCAGCACCUCGUAGAUCAACAUUAAAGCCGCUGCAUUGGGUGAAAGUUACACGGGCUGUCCAAGGAAGCUUAUGGGCAGAAUUGCAAAAAUCUGAUGACACUCAGAGUGCUUCAGAAUUCGACGUGUCAGAACUUGAGAGUCUUUUCUCAGCAGUUGUUCCAAAGUCAGAUGGCAGCUCAAAAUCUGAGGGGCGCCGAAAAUCUCUUGGGUCAAAACCAGACAAAGUGCACCUGAUUGAGUUACGGCGCGCUAAUAACACUGAAAUCAUGCUGACAAAAGUAAAGAUGCCCCUUUCUGAUUUGAUGAGUGCUGCUCUAGCAUUGGAUGAUACUGUUUUGGAUGUUGAUCAAGUGGAGAAUCUCAUUAAGUUCUGUCCUACCAAAGAAGAAAUGGAGCUUCUCAAGAACUACACUGGAGACAAGGAAAACCUGGGAAAAUGUGAGCAGUUCUUCUUGGAGUUGAUGAAAGUUCCACGGGUGGAAUCUAAGCUACGAGUAUUUUCUUUCAAGAUUCAAUUUCGCUCCCAGGUUGCAGAUCUUAGAAAGAGUUUGAACAUUGUCGACUCUGCAUGUGAAGAGAUUCGCAAUUCUGUCAAACUGAAGGAAAUCAUGAAGAAAAUUCUGCUUCUUGGGAAUACAUUAAACCAGGGAACUGCAAGAGGCGCAGCCGUUGGAUUUCGCCUGGACAGCCUACCAAAACUUUCAGAUACUCGUGCUACUAAUAACAAAAUGACACUAAUGCACUAUCUGUGCAAGGUCCUUGCCGCAAAGUCACCAUACCUUAUGGACUUUCAUGAGGAUCUUACUAGCUUAGAGGCCGCAUCGAAGAUACAACUGAAGUCAUUGGCCGAAGAAAUGCAAGCAAUUGUCAAAGGCCUAGAAAAGGUUGAGCAGGAACUUAAAGCUUCAGAAAGUGAUGGUCCAGUCUCAGAAGUAUUUUGCAAGACACUGAAGGAGUUUACUGCUGUAGCUGAUUUUGAAGUCCGAUCAUUAUCAUCACUUUAUACUGCAGUGGGUAGGAAUGCAGAUGCACUCGCUCUUUACUUCGGCGAGGAUCCUGCACGGUGUCCUUUUGAACAAGUCAUUUCCACCCUUCUAAACUUUGCAACAAUGUUUCGGAAAGCGCACCAGGAAAAUUGCAAGCAGGCCGAACUGGAGAGGAAAAAAGCUGAAAAAGAGGCUGAAAUGGAUAAGUCAAAAACUACAAACACAUCAACCAAAAGUGACUCGAAGCCGGCAAGUCUGAGCCAACAACUGCAGCAAACACUAGAGAAGACCAAAUCUACAAAUCGAAGCGACAGAGAUGUUAGAUGAUAUUUAACUUGCUAAUGGUGGGUAUUUGUUUAUGAUCUCUUUCCAGCCGGGGGAGUUUGGGCUCCCCGUAAUUUUGCUGAGGGUAGCCCAAGAUUUCGCCGAGGACUCUUUACUCACAAAAAAAAAAAAAAAAAAAAAACAAAGAAAAAAGAUUCACCGAGGACUUAACAAACGGGAAAAAGAGAUCGGUCUCAAAAUGCUGCUGCCAAUGUGUCAUCCAGAAAUCAUCACUCGAGGAGCCUUCGGCUGGAACCACGGGAGACUGGGAUUUGUGACUCCGGAACAUGGCAGUUCCUGUAUUCUAAUAAUUGUACAAAAGCUAACCUUAAGGUUUAUUCGAUUCUUUUUUGUAUAAUUGUAAUUUCUCUCAGUUUCUUAUUCAUAUUCAAUUUUGCUAGCCAGGUUUGGCGAGGAAUAGGUCAGAAAUUGUAAUAUAGGGGUGAAAGUAUAUUAGAAAAAUUAUAUGUAUGGAGACAAUCUUGUAAUAAAAAAUAAUUCGGGCUUUUGAUGCCCCCUCUUUUUUCU